CCUUUAAAGUUUCAUUCUUAGGUUGUUGUGAGCAAAAUCCCCUUAAAUAUAUGCUUUGAAGAAUAGUUACAGUUCAUGUGUUCUUCUUCUCUCCCUUUUGUAAGCCAUGGCGCAACCAGCACCUUCGAGAGUUGUUGAAGCUUGCAGUGUGGAACCACUGCAGGGAGCAACUCCAACCUCUCUGCCACUCACCUUCUUUGACCUUUUGUGGCUACGCUUUCCACCCGUUGAGCGUCUCUUCUUCUAUUCCUUCCCACACUCAACCUCUUCCUUCUUUGACUCUGUUCUUCCCACUCUCAAACACUCCCUUUCACUCACCCUCCAACACUUCCUCCCUCUUGCUGGUAACAUCAUCUGGCCCCAUGAUUCCCCCAAACCAAUCAUAAACUAUGUCCCUGGUGAUACUGUUUCCUUCACUGUAGCUGAAUCCAAUGUUGAUUUCAACUACCUCUGUUCUGAUCUCUAUGAAGCUGAAAAAAGAUAUCACCUCAUACCCCACUUGACCACUUCCCAUGAAAAAGCCUCUCUGAUUGCCCUGCAAGUUACUCUGUUUCCAAACUCUGGCUUUUGCAUAGGACUAACCUCACACCAUGCAGGUUUGGAUGGAAAGUCAUCAACAUCAUUCAUGAAAUCAUGGGCCUUUUCAUGCUCUAAACUACAAAAAGAAGGACUAUCAUCUCUGUUUCCAUUACCUGAAGAUCUAACACCUUUCUUUGAUAGAUCAGUGAUAAAAGACCCAACAGGAAUCACUGAAGUGUACAUCAACGCAUGGUUGAAGUUAGAUGGACCAAAUAAUCGAAGCGUCAAGGUGUUUGAGUCCAUGACAACAACACAGACCGAUGCGGUUAAAGGCGUGUUUGAAUUGACUCCCUCACAUAUCCAGAAGCUUAAGAAAUAUGCAGAGUCCAAGAUUGAAAAGAAGGAUCAGUUAUCAACUUUUGCUGUAACGUAUGCUUAUGUGUUGGCAAGCGCGGUCAAAGCAGAACAGCCAAAGGGAGAUUCAGAUACUGUAAUUUCUGCAUUUACUGUGGAUUGUAGAUCCCGCUUGGACUCUCCGAUUGCGCCCACUUAUUUUGGAAAUUGCAUUGGUGGCCAAGUGUUUAAGGUUGAGAUCAAGAGCUUGCUAGAGAAAGAUGGAUUCAUUAGUGCUUUGGAGGAGAUGAAUGAAGCUUUGAAGAGGGUCAAGGAUGGAGUGUUGAGUGGAGCAAAAGAUUGGAUUUCAAGUAUACAGAAGAUCCCAGAAGGAAGGGCAUACUCUAUUGCUGGAUCGCCGCGGUUUGAGAUUUAUAGUAUUGAUUUUGGAUGGGGAAGGCCAAAGAAGGUGGAUAUUACUUCCAUAGACAGAACAGGAGCAUUUUCUCUUUCGGAAAGUAGGAAUAACAAUAGAGGGAUUGAGAUUGGAUUGGUGUUAAAAAAACAUGAGAUGGAAGCUUUUUCUGCCAGUUUUGUCCAACAACUUGAAUCCUUUUAAAACUUGAAACUUUGAGGGAAGCAGAAUAUAUAUCUUCACAGCUUUUGCUCCUCUGCCUCUCAGAAAUCUCUCCAUUGUUUGUAACUUGUUUGAGCAUUUGUAGGAAAAUAAGUAUCUGUUUGUUUGGAUGAAAACCAAAGACGACUUAUUAGAGAUUAUUCAGUGCAUUUUCUAGCAGAAAAGCUUCAAUAAGGCUGUUUCCAAACUGGCUCAUAGGAAUUGCUAGUAUUAGCCUUGUUAUCUGUCUUUCAAAAUUUGUAUCAAUGUUUGUAGUACUGUUAAAUAAUGCAAGCAUCUAGGAGGUCUGCUCUGCCAGUACCCUUUCUGAUAGUGUAGCUUUUGCUGUCUAUAAUUGGUGCCAUUAGGAUUCCUUCAAUUUCUGUUUUAGUUAUGGUUGUCAAAUGUACUAUCUAGGAUUGGCUUCUUUGGUUGUUAUUGAUUGGUUAUGGAGACAAAAUCCUGAGAACACCAUUUCCUUUUUA